CCAGCGAGCCUGGCGGUAGGGGGCUUCACUUAGCGUGGGCGGCCAGAAAGCGCCGCCUUUCAGCUGUUGGAUCCUGCCACCCUCCUGGCCCGACACCAUGGGAGUGACUUGUGUGUCCCAGAUGCCUGUCGCUGAGGGCAAGAGUGUCCAGCAGACCGUGGAGCUCCUCACCAGGAAAUUGGAGAUGCUUGGGGCAGAGAAGCAAGGAACAUUUUGUGUGGACUGUGAGACCUACCACACAGCUGCCUCUACCCUUGGCAGUCAAGGUCAGGCCGGGAAGCUGAUGUAUGUGAUGCACAACUCAGAGUACCCUUUGAGCUGCUUCGCCCUCUUUGAGAACGGCCCUUGCCUUAUUGCUGACACCAACUUUGAUGUGCUCAUGGUGAAGCUCAAGGGCUUUUUCCAGAGUGCCAAGGCCAGCAAGAUUGAGACCCGGGGCACCCGUUACCAGUACUGUGACUUCCUAGUGAAGGUGGGCACGGUCACAAUGGGACCCAGUGCCCGAGGCAUCUCCGUGGAGGUGGAGUAUGGCCCCUGUGUGAUAGCUAGCGACUGCUGGAGCCUGCUGCUCGAGUUCCUACAGAGUUUUCUGGGCAGUCACACGCCAGGGGCUCCCGCAGUGUUUGGGAACAGACACGACGCAGUCUACGGUCCAGCAGAUACCAUGGUCCAGUACAUGGAACUCUUCAACAAGAUCCGCAAGCAGCAGCAGGUGCCGGUGGCUGGGAUUCGUUAGUGACUGGCAGCUGCCCGGGUGCACUCUAUCACCAGGGGGACUCCAUAGGAGGAACAGCUGCUGCGUCCUCAGGGCCCUGAACCCCAGAAACCCAGGGCAGACAUGGAGGCUUCUCUCCCUCUCCAGUUCCCAGCUGUGGCUUUUGUUCUGAGGCUCUGGACGCCCCUCCCCUGACCCUCACACAGUCCCCUGACAGCUGUUCCACCCCACGCCUUACUGGAGUUGGCCUGUCUUUAAGAAUGGUAAUUUUGAAGAGCGGAGAAGUUUGGAGCUUUCCUGCUUUAGGGGAAAAGGUAGGAUAGGGGUGUCCCUGCCUAAUGUUGGUGGGGAAAGCAGUCUGUAUCUCCAACUGUUGAGGAUUGGUCUAGGC